AUGAAGGCUGGAAGACCCUUUCUACUGUUGGACUCCGGACACCCAACCCAGCCGCUUCGUGAAAUUUGCCAGCUUGUCGGGCCACCUGUAUUACUGAGCUCCAAAAGCUUAGCCUCAAGCGCGGCCCUGCUGGCACCAGUCGUCAUUAUCACCGUCGAUGCAGAUGCCGCAUCUUGGAAUAAACGGCAAAUUUGCGCCCUAGACAGUCCAGUAAAAAGGACAAUCGUGACACCAGACGAUUGUUUUUAUGUGGUCUUUACUUCUGGCUCCUCUGGGCAGCCCAAUGGCAUUGUGAUUUCCCAUCGUGCAUUCAGCUCAAUGACCAUGGCAUAUUCUUGCACGAUGGGCGUCGGACCGAACACAAGGGCCUUCUCAUUUGCAUCAUACGCUUUUGAUGUGAGUAUCACAGACAUAUUGGACCUACUGAUUACUGGAGGUUGUGUCUGUGUCCCAUCGAGCAUUGAUCGCAUCGGAAAUCUGGCCGAAGUGAUUAGUCGGCUGCGAGCCAACUUCAUCGAGAUCACACCUCCAAUGCUUCGAACUGUCCGCCCGGAAGAAGUGCCGUCUUUGGAGACAGUUGUUGCAUACGGUCCUGCGGAAUGCUGCCCAAAUUCGACUGUUCGGACUAAACUCACGGUGAACUCCGACCCCUCUAGCAUUGGAGUGGGAGCCGGAUAUUGGCUUUGGAUUGUUGAUCCUACCGAUUGCGAACGAUUGGCGCCUAUUGGUGCGGUUGGAGAACUCCUAGUAGAAGGUCUUAUUGUUGGAUCUGGCUAUCUCAACAACCCGGAGAAUACCGCCACCAGCUUUGUUCAAUCUCCUCGCUGGGCGAAUGUAUCGCCAAGUGGCUCGAUGCAAUCACGGUUCUACAAGACAGAUGAUCUGGUUCGGUAUGACGAAGACGGAGGACAGCGUGUGCAGAUCGCAGAGAUCGAAUAUUAUCUCACCCAGCUAUUUCCUCUUGCUGCUGGCUCAGCGGUAGAACUAUUUCGAUCGAAAACCCAAAAUCCACAGGAACCAGUGGCGUUUAUCUUCUGUGGUGACGACAUACGGAAGAGACCGAGUACCAAGGACCCGGCUAGUCUCUUACCAUUGCUGGGGACUGAACUUCGAAGUCCUAGUGCGAGCGCAACUGUCAUUGAACUCCAGGAGCCAAUUUCUGGCUUCCAAACGAUUAACCCGACCAAUUCCACGGCUCUAUUUUUAAACAAAAAUAUACUCUCCCGUGUCCGGAGCGAAACCGGAACCGGACUCAUCGAUUGGGGUUUCCCCCUGUCUAUGUUGGGCUUGGACUCUAUUCAACUGAUCAUUAUCGUGACAUUUAUUUGUAACGAAUUCAGUGUUGAAGUUGCGGUAGCCACCCUUUAUGAUCCCAAGCUGACAGUUACUGGACUAGCUGAGAUGAUCUCAAGUUUUCAACAGGGACAAAACUGUGGCGCAGAGGUUUUACUGCCAGUAGUUGAUCUGUCGAGAGAAAUAAAGGAUGUCUAUCAUCAGUUUAACCGACAGUCCAAAACGCUGCGUCUUCGAAAAGGAGUUUUCCUGACUGGCGCCACUGGACUACUAGGUUCGCAAAUAUUGCGCCAAUUGCUCGACGAUCCCUCCGUGGAUAAGGUGGUCGUUCAUGUACGAGCACCUACCGUGGCAGAGGCGCUGAAACCUGUUGUUUCCACUGCCACGCUGGCCCAGUGGUGGUAUUCUUCCUAUAUUGACCGCAUUGAAUGCGUGUCAGGAGAUUUGUCCGCCCCACGCAGCUUCACAUUCAUCUCCGGAAGACUGCAACGAGCCCCAACACAGGACAUACAGAGUUUCAUGGAAGUUCUCCAGCAGUCUAAUGGAUAUAGCCAAACCAAGUUUGUGGCCGUAGAGCUUGUGUCCAUAUUUGCAAGCCGCCAAUCGAAAAACAACAUUUCAAUCGUCCGACCGGGUCUUAUAAUCGGCACUGAGAAGGGUAUUCCAAAUAUUGACGACUUCCAAUGGAAGUUUGUUCAAGUAUGCCUCCGAAUGGGAUCAUAUCCUAUGGAAGAAGGGAAUCUGUGGCUCUGUAUGGCCGACGUGGAAGAAGUGGUGACCACUACCUGCAACUCAGCAUUUGAGACUGCACAGCAAAACGCGGCCACCCCUUCAGUUAUGGAUGUUGAAACUGGAAGCACUGUUUCUCAAUUUUGGGACAUGGUCCAGGAAACCACAGGAAUUAGGGAAGGAGUCGGCAAAAUGUUUUUUUUGGAAUCAGACGACGUUUUCCGUCCCUUGUUGGCCAUUUUGCAAGACUCACAACAAGGGUUGGGACUUCAUAAACCUGAGGAUGCUAAAAGUCUUCGUCCUCAAGUUAUCAAAAGGAACGUACAGACUCUCGUAGACAUUGAAUUCUUAUCUACCGCGCAUAGUCCUGGAAGAUUCAAUUUGUCAGGCUUAAUUAAGGCAGGAGUUAUGGCGGCGUUUAACAGGUCUCGACGUCAGUAA